CUCCGUUCGACUAAUUAGCGCGAAGGAUCGAUACGAUUCAAGGUGUUGUGUUGUACUCAUUAUCAUGACAGCUUCUCCUGAACAGGUGGACAAUUCUUUCCAAAGUAUACCAGAGAGUGAAACUCAUUUUGAAAGCAAGAACUUGGCACUUUCCCAUCUAGAUGACGUUAUUGAUUCUGUUGUUUCUGAAGCUAUUGAAUAUGCUGACAAGCCUCCAGAAGAGAGAACACUUCCAAAAUUAAUCCGGAAGGCCCCUCCUCCACCCCGUAUUCGUCCAUCUUUGGCUAUGUCUGACUUCAAUCAAAAUCGCAAUUUUGCAACACCUAACGGCUUGAAUCAAAUGCCAUUCCUAACUAGUGGUAAUCAGUUUCAACAAAAGCUCAAUGAACAGUUCCCAACUAUGGUCCCGUUCAAUUCUGGUCAGGCAACAGCGGCUGCUCAACAACAACUGUUAAUGCAGUAUAAUGGGCAGUAUCCAGCCCAACAGCAACAACAAAGACAACAACAGCAGCAACAACAACAACAACAACAGUACUCACAAGCUGCACAUUUCCAAGCUUUGCAAAACCAACAAGCUCAGUAUCAGGCAGUGAAUGCAGCUGCACUCGCCCAAAUGCAACAGCUUCAGCGUCAACAAAUGCAACGUCAACAGCAACAGCAGCAGCAGCAACAACAACAACAACAACAAAUGUCAACGCCAAAUCGUCAUAUGUUGUACUCAGCAUCGGGUUCACCUCCUAUUAGUCCAGCUGUAGUGACAAAUUCUCCGGGAUCUCAACAACAACAGCAACAACAAGCUUUAGCAUCAGCACAACAACAGUUACAUCAGUUGUAUGCAGCUGCUCAUCAGUUGCCUGGUAUGAUGCAAACGUUUCCUCCGAAUCAGGGGCAACAACCAAACAUUCAACAAACUAUACAAAAUCAGCAACCUCAAGUACAACAACAACAAGUAUGCAAUCAACGUGUUUGGACGAACGCUGAACAACUUCAAGCAGCUCAGCAACAACAAUUGGCAGUAGCAGCUGCUGCUGCGGCGGCGGCAUUUAAUCCUAAUUCAGUUCAACAACAAUAUAUGCAACAACAACAACAACAACAGCCUUCACCCCAACAACAAGCUAACCAAGCAGCUCAACGUAUGACAAACGAUUUCCAAACCUAUGCCUAUCAACAAUAA